CCGCAUUUCAAACCCGGCAAUACGGCCAUAACAGCCCUACUCUCUCCGCUUAUACCCCAUUUAUAAACCCCUUCCCCUCCCCCUCUUUAUAGUUUCUUAUUACUACUCCUCUUCUUUAACAAAUAUCCUAUAAUCACUAAAUAUCUCCUCCAAAAUGGCUUCUGCUAUCCGUGUUGCGCCCACUAAAGCGGCGCGGGCAAUGAGUUUGCUUCGCACAGUCCAAUAUACUCACCCCCCUAGCUGUCCUUGCCACGGUAAUCCGUCUCAUCACCAUCAUCAUAAGCCGUCAAACAGCCUUCUCAGCCAUGCCAAGCGGAAUCUGCAGCGUAACUAUGCCACUCCCGUGGACCUGUCCCGCCAGAAAGAGUAUGCCUUCGAGAUGGCCGCUUCUUCUAUCCGGUUCGGCCCCGGUGUAACAAAGGAAGUCGGCAUGGAUUUCAAGAACAUGGGAGCCAAGCGUGUCUGCGUUGUCACUGAUAGCACGGUCAAGCAUCUCAAUGCUAUGAAGCAAGUCCAAGAAGGCUUGGACCAAGAAGGAAUCGAUUACAUAGUUUAUGACGGCGUCAGAGUUGAGCCAAAGGACACCUCUAUCAAAGAAGCCAUCGCCUUCGUCAAGCCCUACGCCCCCGACGCCUUCCUCGCCGUCGGCGGCGGCUCCGUCAUCGACACCGCCAAGCUCAUGAACCUGUACACCUGCUAUCCCAACGCCGACUUCCUCGACUUCGUCAACGCACCCCUCGGCAAGGGCCUCCCCAUCGACAAGCCCCUCCUCCCCCUCAUCGCCGUCCCCACCACCGCCGGCACCGGCUCCGAGACCACCGGCUCCGCCAUCUUCGACCUCGCCUCCGCGCGCGCAAAGACCGGCGUCGCUCAUCGUGCCCUCAAGCCUACGCUGGGAAUAUGCGAUCCGCUAAACACACGCACCAUGCCCUCCGCCGUUCACGCCUCCAGUGGCCUAGACGUCCUCUGCCACAGUCUUGAGAGCUGGACUGCUAUCCCGUACAAUGAGCGUAUUCCCCGCCCGCAGAACCCGAUUAAUCGCCCCGCGUACCAGGGCGCAAAUCCAAUUAGUGAUAUCUUCUCCCUCCAAGCUCUCAGGUCAACGGUUAAGUACCUACCCCGCGCGGUCAGGGACCCAGAUGACCAUGAGGCGCAGAGCGAGAUGCUCCUCGCUGCCACGCUUGCCGGUGUCGGUUUCGGCAACGCUGGUGUCCAUCUCUGCCACGGCAUGUCCUACCCCGUCUCGGGCCAAAACCGCGGAUACAAACACACCGGCUACAACGUCCCCUACCCCAUCAUCCCCCACGGCGUCUCCGUCGCCGUCACCGCCCCCGCCGUCUUCCGCUUCACCGGCGCCACGAACCCCGAGCGCCAUCUAGCCGCCGCCGAGGCCUUCGGCGUGGACAUCUCGAACGUGAAGCGCGAGAGCGCUGGUGAGGUGUUGUCAGAGGCUAUUGCGAAGUUUCUUGAGGAGCUAGGUGACCAGCCGAGGGGGCUGAAGGAUCUGGGAUUCGGGAAGGAGCAUAUUGAUGAGCUUGUUGAGGGGACGAUUCCGCAGAAGAGGGUACUGAUGCUUGCGCCUGGACUGGCGGAGGAGUUGGGGGAGGAGAGGGAGCAGUUGAGGAAGUUGUUUGAGGAGAGUUUGGUGCAUUGAUUGGUUUUUAUGGAGCAAGUGUGCACUGGUGGGUGUGAGGGUGGCAUUUGUGACCUGUACAUACGCGAACAAAAACAAACUAGCAUAUUUCAAUCAAGGCUCAGCAUAGCAAUGGAAACCC